UCCAUCUGAGGAGUUUGUUCAAGGGUUCAGGAGUGUUGGUUAGCAGAGACUGAGAGGACGGAUGCUGAUUUAUUACUUCUGCAAUUACCUGACAGCACUUUAUCUUUCCUAAACACUCUGCUCCAUGCUGCUUUAACUUGAUGUGGACACUAUUUUUCAUGCCUGAAAAUUUGUGCCCGAUGCUCCAACAUUCAUAGAGCUUCAAGGCAACAGAAACUGAAGUACUGCAUCAUGACUAGGAAGGUGUUCACGAACACGCGCGAGCGCUGGCGCCAACAUAACGUCAACACAGCUUUCGCAGACCUGCGGAAACUCAUCCCCACACACCCGCCCGAGAAGAAGCUCAGCAAGAAUGAGAUCCUGCGGCUGGCCAUGCGCUAUAUCAACUUCUUGGUGACUUUGCUGGAGAGCCAGGGAGGAGAGCCGGCAGCUCAAUCGCAAGCCGCGCUCCUCACACUGAUCACGGGGAACAUGCAGAAGCUGCGCACCGAGCGCACCUGGACGAGCGACACCGACCCGCCCUCACCCGGGUCCAGCUGCGACAGUUCAGAAGCCUGGUAGAACGGAACGAAAGUGAGAGGAUUCCGUGAUUGUGAUGUUUUUGCAAGUUCCAUCGCCAUGUAGGGACAAAGCUGGAUUUUUGGAACUUGGAAUGUUCGCUAUGACAUCACAAUCACUCAUUUCAGCCAAGCUGUUUGGAAACGAAUGCUCUUUGGAAACACGUUAUUCACCAGUACUGCUGUAGUUGAGCAGGAACCACGAUCAACAUAUGCAUGGUCAAUGAUGCACUUUGGAAGCAUCUAACUGACACUUUGUAGUAUUAAUGUAAUUUCAUUUCCUUGACUGAAUUAACAAUGUUUUGUUUGAGGUUGAAGGCAACCUCAGAAUUGAAACUGUAAUUUAUUUGAUCGUAUUUAUUUAUUUUUUUAUAUUUAUGCUUUCGAUGGAUUCAGCACAUGCAGCUAGUUGUACAUUAAAUUGUAAUUUAUUAAAUGGAAAAUGUUAUUGUUUAAACUACUCUGCAUUCACAAAUACAAAAUAUGUUUUGCCAAAGAUUAUUUUUGUGCAUUCAUUAUUCAAGUGUAGAAUGUCUUUUCUCAAUAAUCAAAUAAUUGUUACUUGAAAAUUAAUUAUUGUAUUAAUGUAGUCUGUUUGAUAUUAAAAAUGCUUAAAAAAAAAUCCCGUCUGCAAAUUUACUAAGCUCUUUCAAACAUCAUCAGGUUGUUAAAUGUGGCUGUUGAUAUAACUGGUUUGUAUGAACAAGGGUGCAUGCUCUGAAGGCUUUUAUUUUACGGUCAGAUAACUGUUCACUGCAGUGGCUGUUUUAAGAGCCGUGUGACCAUAGCGAUGACCUCUGGAAGUGUCCAAGCCACAUGAUAGAGGUGAAUGUAGACACAGCUUAACUUUUGGCCUGAGGCCAGAGGUCAUUGGAGUCAAAAUCCACACUCGUCAGUGACCAAUCAGAUGCACAAAGAGGGAGUGUCUAAAUUUGUGUUGCAUUCAAACUCCGUAUAAUUUUCAGUAUUGUUGCAGUAUAAAGUUUUUUUUGUGCAUUAUAUUAAGUGACAUUUUAGGAGGAUGAAUGUGCUAAUAAAAUCAGAGGUUCU